UCUGACUUUAAAAUGCCACCUAAAAUGCAGGAAAGAAAAGUUAAAAAGAUACAAAAAUCUACUAAAAAGCAAACAGCCCAAGCUUUGUCGGAAAAGCUUAACUCCGAAGCUCUGCAAAGCCAGAUACAAAAAUCUACUAAAAAGCAAACAGCUCAAGCUUUGUCCAAAGAAUUAUCAAAGGCAGCGGAAAAGCUUAACUCCGAAGCUCUGCAAAGCCAGCUUCACGAGAUUCUGGAACACCAAGGAGAUCAAAUGAGCAGCGCUGGAGUGUCGUUUGUUUCUGUAGAGCCGAUGAACGUUGUUGAUUCUUUGCCGGAGAAAAAUUUGCACGACCCAUUGUCAUCGGACGAAGACUCCGUCAUUUGGGUGAUAGCAGACGAAAAAACUAUCAAUGACAGUCACUGUUCUGAGAUUUCAUGUCAGGAGGAACCUGAGGAAGAAAUCGAAGAACUGAUGACACAAUCAUUAAUGGCGGAAUCCAAUGAAUCAGUACAAAACAAGGUACCCGAAAACGAAAGUCUGAAAGACGAUCCGAAAUCGGCCGAAGCCGAUCCGGACUACGCUGCUUUGUUAGACCGGUGCAAAGGGCUAGAGUCAACAAUAUGUCGGCUGAAGGAAAAAAACAAAAAAUUAACGGCUGCCUGCAAAAAACUUGAAACGGAAAAGAUUUGCUCGGAUAACCAUGCUUUGCGUUUAUCGAAGGAAUUGAUGAGUCUGAAAGAUCAUCAAAAAGUCCCACAGACCUGCUUUACGCAGCACGAGGAAAUACCAAUAACAGUGAGCCAAUUGGUGGAAUACAACGAAUGGGCCAGUUCAGACAGCAUGUUUGCUGGAACACUGGCCCUUCAUCUUAUUGGAGCUGAAAAACUUAAAACGUUAAGCGUUACUGGGGCAGCUUCCCAUAGAUAUGUAAAGCAUAAGAAUCCUGAUGGCUCCCUGGUUCAUCCGGCUUCUGAAAAGAUGGAUCCCCUCAUACUUAACUUUAUUUGUGAGAAAGUAUUUGAGCGUGUCGCGAUGCGUGUGGGACCGGAAAAUAUUGCAAAAGUGCGAAAUUUGGCUAAUGAGAAACGAAUUCACCGUUACCUAGCCGAAAAGAUUUCGAAUCUGCGAAAAUCAGGACGUAAUUCCAAAAACAAAAUUUCCAUCGUAAAUGAAAAUGUGGCGUGAAUAUCUUUUUUUUUAUAUAUAUUUUUGUUUAUU